GACAAGUACGGCCAUUUCAAUCUGACUGCGCGGAGGUGCAAGACGUCUUUUUCUGCCGUUGUGAACAUUAUCUUAGCCUGAAUUACACAGGCACGUCAGCUGUCAUGACGUGCCUGUGAUGACGUGUAGCACUACCUUGAUGAUAAUUGGACUCGUGACGUAGGAAAGAACAAAUUACAAGAUGGCGGCGCUGCAUGCAGAUCACGUGACUGACGUAGCUACGUCAUCCAACUUUAAGCAGGUCAAGACAACACAUCUCCAUCUGGACACUUAUGUCGAUUUCAGCCAAAAAUCUAUCGCCGGCUCUGAAACAAUCACCUUCAAGAGUGAAACGGACGAACUGAGUUCAGUUAUCUUGGAUGUGCACCAGACGCUUACAGUCAUCACGGUGAAAUACAACGAGAGAGUUCUAAAGUUUGAAGUGAAACCUUUUCGAAGUUAUGGCACAAGUUUAGAGAUUUUUCUGGAAGAAGCCAAAAAUAAAGGAGAUGUUUUUGAGCUGUGGAUCCAAUUUGUGUCUGGCAAGGGCCCGGCACUCUCGUGGCUUGAGCCUCAACAAACAGCAGACAAAAAGCAACCGUUCCUGUAUAGCCAAGGCCAGUCAGUACUCAACAGGUCCUUCUUCCCAUGCCAAGACACCCCAGCUGUCAAAGCUACCUACUCCGCCUUCGUUAGCGUCCCUGACCAGUUGACCGCUGUGAUGAGUGCCAAUCAGAGAAGUUUUGGGGAGAAGGCCAAUAAAGACAACCAGAAAAACUGCUUUUACUUUGAGCAAACAGUUCCCAUCCCAUCGUAUCUGAUCGCUCUGGCAGUUGGGGAUUUAAAGUCUGCUGAGAUUGGCCCCAGAAGUUGCGUGUGGGCAGAACCUAGUAUUCUGGAGAAAGCCCGAGCUGAGUUUGAUGGUGAUGUGGAAAAGUUCAUCACAACAGGGGAGCAACUAUUUGGUGACUAUAUCUGGGGGCGCUAUGAUAUUCUGGUUAUGCCCCCUUCUUUUCCUUACGGUGGAAUGGAGAAUCCUUGUUUGACUUUUGUCACUCCAUGCCUUAUAGUGGGAGACAAAUCUUUGGUCGAUGUCGUCAUUCAUGAGAUUACGCACAGCUGGUUUGGUAAUCUUGUAACAAAUGCCAACUGGAGUGAAUUCUGGUUGAAUGAGGGUUUGACCAUGUUUGGCCAAAGAAGAAUUGAGGAGAUUUUGUUUGGGAAGGCACACAUGUGUCUGGAGGCCAUCACUGGCAGAACUCUUCUGGAACAAAUGGUGGAACAAAUGGUUGAAAAGGAUGGACAGGAUCACCCACUGACCAGACUUCGUGUAGUGAUUGGUGAGGACGUUGACCCUGAUGACACCUACAAUGAAACUCCUUACGAGAAAGGUUUUGCUUUUGUUUGCUACAUGCGGAGUCUUGUUGGAGACGACAACAAAUUUGACCAGUUUCUUAAAAGUUAUGUCAACCACUUUAAGUUCCAGAGUGUUGUGGCUGAGGACUUGUUUGAUUUUUUCCUGGACAACUUUCCUCACCUGAAGGCAAAUAAGGUGCAUGAGAGGCCAGGUUUUGAGUUUGACAAAACUUGGCUACAGGGCACUGGCCUGCCACCAUUUACACCUGAUCUCUCAGCCAGGAGGGAGCUGACAGACGAAGCUGAGGAGGUAGCUGAUCAAAUCAUCGCUGGUCAACUACAGAAAAACCCAAGUAUGAGAGAGUGGGGGGCAUACAAGACGAUGCACUUUUUGGAUCAACUGUUUGCUCACUCCCCCCUGCCUGCAGCCAGCAUCAAGCAUGUGUUAGAUGAGUACAACUUUCUCUCUGACUCACAGAAUGCAGAGCUGAGACUACGCUGGAGCAAGUUGGUCAUUAAAAAUAAUUUAACUGAAAGAAAAGAGGAUGUUAAAAAAUUCUUGCUCAGUCAAGGCAAACAGAAGUACACCCUGCCCCUGUAUGACUGUAUGCUGCAUGGAUCCGUGGAGAUGAAAGAAUAUGCCGGAAACUGUUUUCUUGAGACAAAAGAUUUGCUGCAUGUUAAUGUCAGGAAAAAUAUAAAAAAAUUACUGUAGGUAAAAUGGUAGAGCCAGAGCAUUGGCUUUUACUCGCGGGAGUGUCUUGGUUUUAUUUGCCACGGUGUCCUAGUUUUACACCCCAUGGUGUCCUAGUUUUUUUGGCUGGGUGUCCUAGUUUUACACCCAACUUUUCUUACAUUUUUUUUACUUUUAAAGCAAUGUAAAUAUGCCUAAAAUAAGAGCCAUAAAAUGUAUCCAUAUUUAUGGUUUUUGUACUUACUUUCAUAGCAUAUUUAAAAAGCAUAUCUUUAUUUUUGUUUAAAAACCAUUUUGUAGCAUUUCAAACUGCUUUAUGACAGCAUAGAAUGACUGAGCUAUUUAAAAAAAGGGACAUAUUUGAUGCAGCAGUUUUUUAAGAUGAUAUAUGGUUCAUUAAUUUUUAAACCUCCAUUUAGCAUGGAUACAAGCGGUGGAUUUUUUUGGAUCCUGUAUGCCACAGAGUUAUUUACAGAUUCCCUCCCCUACAAAUUAUUUUUACAACAAGUUAAAUGAAGUAGGCUAUCAAAGGGGGAGGGGGGGGGGAUAAAAUGAAUAAAUUAUGUUUAGCAUUAAUGUGUAGAUAUGUAUAGAUCUAGCUAGAAUUAUUUAUCUUUUUAAUACUUAGCCCAAAGAUUUAUUGUGGUUGUCAAUUAAUGUCAUCCAGUUAAUUAAUGUCAUCCAGUUAAUUAUGUCAACAUUCAUAUUACCAAAUUUAUCAAAGCAAAACAGACCUAGAACAAGACAUUCAGGUAGUCCAAUAAUGCAUCUUCAUCAAAUCUUUCUGUUUUAAUAUUGUUUACCGUAAAAUUUUGUUUGGUUUAAUAUUUUUUAUCCUAAAAUACUUUACCUUAAAAUUAUGUUUAUGUUUUAUUAUUGUUUAUCCUAAAAUAGUUUAGCCCUAAAAUUAUGUUUAUGUUUUAAUAUUGUUUAUCCUAAAAUAGUUUAGCCCUAAAAUUAUGUUUGUUUAAUAUUGUUUUCCUUUGUUAAAUAUUUUUAAUCCGAAAAAAAUCUUUAAAUACUAUUUAAUAAAUACUAGAUUCUACUACUAUAGUGGUAAACAUGCACAAAAAUAAAGAGCAAGUUUACUAU